UUCUCUCUCUCUCUCUCUCUCUCUCUCUCUCUCUCUCUGAUUCUUUUCUCUGCAAUAGAAGCAAAAACGUCGGGAAAAUUUUCUAUCGUUUUCUCAGCGGAAUCCUUCACUGUCCAAGUUGCCUCCGUCGGAACACAACGUAGACCUUUCUACCAUUUCGGAAUUCCGAGAAUAUCAGCUGGAUCGAGAGCGUACGCUGGUUCCACGGCUUUUUUUUCUGGAUCCUGUUCAUCUUCAGUUUUCUCGAGAAAAUUCUCCCCGGGUAUGAUUAGGUUUCUAGGCGUGUAAAUGGACCAGAGAGACAAUAAGGGUUGAAGGGUUGAUACGGUAGAGGAAACCAAAAGACAAUGAAAGAGGUGUCUUUUGGAUUGAUUGUCGGGAGCUCAGUAGGCGUGGUGGUCGGCGUGCUGUUGGCUAUUUCGGCUUUGUUCUGCCUUAGAUAUUACAGGAAGAGGUCUCAGAUAAGGAACAGCAGUUCUAGGAGGAGUUCGACGGUCCCUAUCCGGGAAAAUGGGGCUGAUGGUCGCACUGUCAUGUCGGACUCGACCACUGGUCAAGAUUCGCCAGUGAAAUCCUCGUCUAAUGGCAUGUCUGGUUGGCUUGAAGGGUUUAGCAAGAGGAACAAUGUGAUUCCUGCCUCUGGCAUAUUGGAGUACUCUUAUAGAGAUUUGCAGAAAGCAACCAGUAAUUUUACGACAUUGAUAGGCCAAGGAGCAUUUGGACCUGUCUACAAAGCUCAAAUGUCCACCGACGAGACUGUUGCUGUGAAAGUUCUUGCAACCAAUUCAAAACAGGGCGAAAAAGAGUUUCAGACAGAGGUAAUGUUGUUGGGAAGGUUGCAUCACCGUAGCCUUGUAAACUUAGUUGGGUAUUGUGCGGAAAAAGGGCAACACAUGCUCGUGUAUGUCUUCAUGAGUAAAGGAAGCUUGGCUUCUCAUUUGUACAGUGAACAGAAAGAGCCGCUAAGCUGGGAAUUGAGAGUUCAUAUUGCUUUAGACGUGGCUCGGGGUCUGGAGUAUCUUCACGAUGGGGCAGUUCCCCCUGUCAUACACCGAGAUAUCAAAUCUUCCAACAUUUUGUUGGAUCAGUCCAUGAGAGCCCGGGUUGCUGAUUUCGGGCUUUCGAGGGAGGAAGUGGUAGAAGGACAUGCAGCUAAUAUCCGGGGAACAUUCGGAUAUCUCGAUCCAGAGUACAUUUCCACAAGAACAUACACCAAGAAGAGCGAUGUUUACGGCUUUGGGGUUCUGCUCUUCGAACUCAUAGCAGGAAGAAAUCCACAGCAAGGUCUUAUGGAAUACGUCGAGCUGGCGGCGAUGAACGCUGAAGGAAAGGUAGGGUGGGAAGAGAUUGCGGACUCGAGACUUGACGGGAAAUACGACCUGCGAGAAGUGAACGAAGUGGCGGCUCUUGCGUACAAAUGCGUUGCUCGUGCUCCUCGAAAACGGCCGUACAUGAGGGACAUAGUGCAAGUCCUGUCUCGUGUGAUCACAUUCAGGCAUAACAGGAAACGACAGAGGAAGUUAUCUCAUCACAGGAGACAGGACUCCAUGGAAAGUACAGGUGAAGCUUGUGAAGUUUAAACUAAAGACUUUAAUUCUGAUUUUGAUUGGUUAGAGAGAUUCUGUCAAGAAAUAGGAAGUUUAUAACUCACUGAUGUUGGUGAACUGAACCUCGGAGGAGACUUUGAGGAGUGAAAAGGUUGUCUAUAUAUUUUUUUUGUGAGAGAUAUAUAUAUAAAUAUAUACCCUUGUGUGUUUUUUUUGAA